AUGGAAGUGUGGAGAAUCGUAUCUUUCUUAUUCUUCGUACUUGAAGCUGCUGUAGCCUUGGAUACAGAAUGGUGGAAACACGCGACUAUUUAUCAAAUAUUUCUAAAAUCAUUCAAAGACAAUGAUGGCGAUGGGGCCGGAGACAUCAAAGGAUUAAUAUCCAAACUGCCUUAUCUGACUGAAACUGGAAUAGAUACGGUUUACAUACAGCCAUUUUAUCCUUCUUCGGGCAUCGAUGGAGGUUACGAUGUAACCGAUUACAAAGCGAUAGAUCCUAUAUAUGGAACGAUGGAAGAUUUCGAAGAGUUGAUGAGAGAAACGAAGUCACGAGGUAUACGAUGUAUAAUCGAUUUGGUAAUCAAUCACACCAGCGACCAGCACGAGUGGUUUCAAAAUUCUAUUAAUAAAGUUCAUCCAUACACGGAUUACUAUGUAUGGGUCAAUGCGAAAGGACGCGAUAAAGACAACAAACCUAUUCCACCGAAUAAUUGGUUCAGUUUAUUCGCUAUGAAACAAGAUGGUUCUGCUUGGACAUGGAACGACCAAAGAAAGCAAUUCUAUCUGCAUCAAGAGAACAUACAACAACCAGAUUUGAAUCUAAGAAACGGUGCUGUAAAAGCAGAAGUAGAGAGUAUCAUUAAAUUCUGGUUGGAUAAAGGAGUGUCUGGGUUUCGUGUAGACGUACCAAUGGCUUUCAUGGAAGACCCACUACUUCGAGAUAAUGGACCAAUUAGCCCAACAGCGACACCUUUCACCAUAUUUUCAGAAUGCGAACGUAAUCUCAAUCAUGCCGAUACUUUCAUAUACGUAAGCGAAUUGAACGCAUUUGUGCAGAAGUACGAUCAAGAGAACGAAAAAACGAUUCAAACGCUUCUAUCAGGAGAAACAUACGGAACCAUAGAAAAAGUCGUCCAAUAUUACGGAACGAAGGAAUCCCCACAAUUCCAUGUGCCUUACAAUUACCUUCUUACAGGUUUGAAAACAUUUAAUAAUGCUCAAGAUAUGAACAAUUUGCUUCACACUUGGCUCGAUGCUGUUCCCGAAGGCAUGACAUCAAACUGGAGUUUAGGUAACCAUGACCAAGGUAGAAUUGCAUUUCAUUUAGGUGUCGAAUAUAGCACUAUUAUUCUGGCAUUGUGCACCCUACUUCCGGGAACGUGUUCACUUUACUAUGGAGAAGAGCUGGGCAUGGGGCAGAACCAGAUGGUUCGAGAAAAGGACAAAUACUUUAGACUGUUUCAUCGUACACCGAUGCACUGGGAUGAUAGUACUAACGCUGGUUUCACCACUGCCGCCAAGCCUUGGCUGCCUGUACAUCCAAAUUACUGGAGCACCAGUGUAAAAAGUCAAAAAAGCACACAGACCAGCGUGUUGAAUUUUUUUAAAGAUUUAAUGACCGCUCGAAAAACAGAUACAAUAAAACACGGUGAUCUGAAAUUCUAUAUCGUAUCAGAAUGGGUAUUAGCGUUUACCAGAACUUACAAGGAAACCAUUUAUAUCGCUAUGAUGAAUUUGGGAACGGAAUUGGAACCACUUAAAUGGACUGGGAUGAAGCAUCUCCCAGAAACGCUGACUGUAGCAGCUUCCAGUCCUAAUUCUUUAUAUAAAAGAGGUUUCAACUUGGAAAGGAAAUCGGCGGAGUAUUUUUUGAGGCCUCAUUCUGUUCUUAUACUGACCUCUGAUUCUGUAGCUCCUGCAGCCCCUGAAAGUGGAAGCGGUUGGACUAUACCCCUUAUAGUACGAAGUGCUGGCAGAUUCUUACGUGGUUGGAUUCCAUUCUAG